AUGUCUGCUUGCCUUGAUUACACAAUCAAUGAAACAAUGAAGUCUUGGAAUGAAAGCAAUCAAGGGACAGAGGAGGAUGAGAGAAAUUUGAUAUCAGCCCUUGUAGGCUUUCUAAUCGGAGGGACUGCCUUCAUCCUGAACACCCUAGUCUUCAUAACUCUUAUCGUCAGCAAAGAACUCCGGCAAAACACACACCUCAAUUUGGUCCUUUGUCUGUCCCACAGUGAUCUUGUUCUUGGAUUGAGUAUGUGUGUUGGUGGAAUCCGACUGUUUACUCCACAGUGGGCUACCUAUUACGUACCGUGCGUCAUGACUAGUGUACUGUUUAUCAGUGGUAUCACACUUUCGUUUUGCCAAACUUUUCUCAUCAGUUUUCAUCGUUUCUUGAAGAUAUCGACAACAGACUUGGAUAAAAAAUUACUGCAGAACAAUCGGAAGUAUGUAGUUUACAUUCUUUUCUGGUUGGUUGUUCUUGGUUUUAAUCUAUCUAUGGUUCAAAUACGUCACGUGGCAGAAAAAUUACCAUUUUGCAAGUUUAAGUGUGUAUUUGGCAAUCGUUACCCCAUCAUGGCAAUUUAUUUUCAGAGUACAACAAUAUCACUGUUGUCAUUAACAAUUUUAUUUUACUGUUUAACGAUUUGUCGAAUGCGUCAACGAUACAGAAGAACUUUCGCUUGGCAUGCUCAUCAAAGUACAACGGUGUCAAAUAUUUCCAACCAAGUCGGAACCACAUCGAACUCAGGAGGCGAUCAGCUGACUAAAAAAAUGAAUCAGAAAUUGUUUGGAUCUAUGAAGCUUAUUGGAAUUAUCAUUGCUGCGCUUUUAUUGUGUACUGGACCUAUGGUUAUUGCUUCUUUCUUUGAAUCUCUAACACAGAGACAGCUCUUUAUUGUCGCUACACUUUCCUGCUUCAACUCCGUUGUUAACCCUUUUAUAUAUGCAUUUAAUAUGGAAAAACUAAGGCGAGAAUGGAAAGCUAUCUGGCACAUGAUUAAGACAUUUUGA